AUGCCGCAUUCUCUUCACAUCUAUCUAUCUAUCUAUGGCAUUCUCUUCAUAUCUAUCUAUCUAUGGCAUUCUCUUCAUAUCUAUCUAUCUAUCUAUCUAUCUAUCUAUCUAUCUAUGCCAUUCUCUUUAUAUCUAUCUAUCUAUGGCAUUCUCUUCAUAUCUAUCUAUCUAUCUAUCUGUCACAUGCAUUCUAAACAUAUCUAUCUAUCUAUCUGGCAUUCUCUUCAUAUCUAUCUAUGGCAUUCUCUUCAUAUCUAUCUAUCUAAGGCAUUCUCUUCAUAUCUAUCUAUCUAUCUAUCUAUGGCAUUCUCUUCAUAUCUAUCUAUCUAUCUAUCUAUCUAUGGCAUUCUCUUCAUAUCUAUCUAUGGCAUUCUCUUCAUAUCUAUCUAUCUAUCUAUGGCAUUCUCUUCAUAUCUAUCUAUCUAUGACAUUCUCUUCAUAUCUAUGACAUUCUCUUCAUAUCUAUCUAUGCCAUUCUCUUCAUAUCUAUCUAUCUCAUUCUCUUCAUAUCUAUCUAUCUAUCUAUCUAUCUAUCUAUGA